GGCCUUUGUGAGCCAUCUAUGCGCGCAUGUGCAACAUUUCGGAGAUAGAUGGGUCCCUCUCGUCUCUGCAGGAUCUUUAUCUGCGAUUGGGUGCUCGGCAGGGCGGCUCUUCUGGAUCAUCAAUUAGACUGGAAGACGUUCGCGAACUUAACGUCCACUCGAAUCGCAUAACAAAGAUCGAUAGGAAUGCUCUCCAGGCCUUUCGUUCGUUGGUCAUAUUGGACCUCUCCAGUAACUUGAUACAGAAGAUUGAGGGCCUGGAGGUCGUACCACACUUGCGAGAGCUGAACCUCUCUAACAAUAAGAUCUGUCGGAUCGAAAACUUGCGAGACCUUCAUAAUUUGCGCCAGUUUAUUAUAUCCUUCAAUUCUAUCCGCACCUUGGAAGGGCUAACUGACAUGCAUGGAAAUGACUACUCGUUGGAGCUGCUUGAUCUCAAAGGCAACAAUAUUGAUGAUUGGCAAGCGCUUCGUCCGCUGAUGGGAUGCAUGAAACUCAAGCAUCUUGUCUUGAAUGGCCACCAUGCGGUGUCCAAGGUCAAUCCGAUCUGUGGUGCGCCAUCCUAUUCCCCAAUGAUGGUCUUGAAUCUCCUGAAGCAACUUCAUUCAGUUGACGGUGUAGAUCGGCACGGUAUUCGCGUAACAUCUCACAUAUCUUCAAGUCAUCCGGAUAUCGCUAAAUAUGCAGACUUUGUCCAAGAACACCAGAAAGAGGGCGCCAGUGCCGAUCCGGGUCAUUCGGUACGGACCCCAGUCAUAUCUGCCCCCUCGAGACACUUUCAGAGCGGCUCAACACCUUCCGGAGCGCAACGAAUUGACAAUGAGGUGCACUAUCUCUCGGAACAACUUACGCAGUUGCAACAACAAAUGGAUUCGGUACUGGACGUAACGAGUUCAAUGCGUGCGCCAACUCAACAGCGGCCGCAGGCAGAUGUCAGCCAGAUGGAGAACCUGUACAAUGAGGUCCGCAAUAUGAUCGGAAAAGCGCAGUCCCUUAAGUUAGACGGAGGACCUACGAGUUUCCAAAAUCGAUCGACGGGAUCUUCGAUAUCACCAGACCGUCUUACACGGCUUGAAAAGCAGAUGGAAAGAUUAAUGGAAUGCAUAACGUCACUCAAUAGAGAUGACCAAUCGCAUCGAAAAAGAGACGGUCAGCGCGCGUCUCCUAAAAUGCGCAGAGAAUCUGGUGCCGAUGCCGUAAACUAUGACGUUGAGCGUCAGGAUGAUAUCGUCUCGACAUCCUCAAGCCCUGGCGCUGGCGAGAACAGCGAUGAGUCAGAGUACACAACAUUACCAACGAGGAUCCCGGCGUCUAAGAAUGGCAAGCGUCAGACCCUUGUGUGGCGCGAGCAAAAACCAAUGCAUUCACGGGAAGGACGAUAUCGGGCAGAAAAGAAGCCGCUGAGUUGUAAUUCAUUCAAUAUCAAAACCGACGAAAAUAGUCCUGAGAGUAGUAAAGGAAAGCCAACGUCUUCUGACAUGCAAGGCGGUUCGGCUGUGGCGCUAGCAGCCAACGCAAAACUCAUCCGUGCCUUAGAAGAGGAAGAGAAGCGUCUGCGUGCCAAUGAGAAAACGUAUGCGGAUGAAAUAAAAAAGCUCACAGGAGAGUUGAGCGAGGAGCGAAGUCGACGCCAGAAGGCCGAAGAUGAAUGCAUGGCCCUAAAGAAACAGGCAACGGGGCAAGCUGAGGCAGCGGGUGCAGACAAAGAUAAAUUAAAUGCUUUAGCGGACGAAAACUCCAGACUGAAGACUCGGCUGCAAGAGGCAGAUUCAAGCUGUCAGUCCAUAGCUAGUGAGCUGUCUUCAGUAAAGGCCGACUUAAACGAUAUAAGACUGAAAUACGACCAACUCUUGGCUGAGAGCGCGGAAUGUAAAACUCACCUACUGACACAAGAAAAAGAGCUAAAGAACGUAAAAACAACUGAACAAGAGAUCAAGGUGUCUGCUGCAGAGCUAGAAUGCCAAUUAAAACUAUGCGAGGAAGAAAAGGCUCGUUUAUCCGUCCGGCUAGUAAAAGAUCGGGAGCAGUCGAGAGUCAAGGUUGCGGAGGUCAAGAAAGAAAAUGAAAUUUACAAAGCUACCAUCAGGCAAUUGCAAAAGGAGAACAGUGCAUUACAGCAAAAUUUAAGUUCUCGAGAUUUUGACGCCCGCCAGCAGUUAAACGACCUCGCAGCGAUGCGGAGUUCUGAAUUAAAACAGGCUAUAUCGGAGACUACCAACCAGUUGCUCGAAAGGCACAAAGUUGAGUACGAUGCAGUAUCCCACCAGCUUACGAGGACCCAACAUGCCUAUGCCGCUUUGGAGGAAGAAUUCCGAAAAGGCAUGAAAGAGGAGCAGGGUCGUUUUGCGCAAUUGCGGCAUGCUUACACAGAGCUCUUGCAGCAGUUUACUGCGCAGGCAAAAGCUCUUGAAACGGCGUCUGGAAAAGAAAAAGAGAUGGCGUCUGUAAUCAAAGAGCUCACUGACAUGGUGAAAGAGCAGAAGGCAAGAAUAGCCGACUUGGCGGAGAAGCAUCAAAUGACCUUCACCAUUUUUGAGGACAAAGUCCAUGCCCUUGAGGACCGCCUCAAAGCUUCUCAAAAGAUGCGACAUGAUUUCAAAUCUUUGCAAUCCGACUACAACAUGAAGCAAGCACUUGCCAAUGACCUGACUGCUGAACUUCAAAGGACAAAAGCAGAGCUUGCCCAGCAGACAACGGUCUUUCAGCAAGAAAGAAUACGCCUCGAUUCAGAAAAUGCGCGAUUACAAGCCGAUCUUGACAGAUUCCGCGAUGGACAGGAUCAGGCUAUACGAGUGAAGAAUAAAAUGCUCGAAGAUCAGAAUGAAACAAUUAAGAAUCUUAAACAGAACCUGGAAAAUAAGUGUCGUGAGCAUCAGGCACUCCUUACGGAUAUUGAAAAAAGAGAAGAUUCAUUAGAGGAUCGCUUAGAGCUUGAAAAGCAGACAAAUAAGGACUUGCAGCAGGAGCUCGAAUCACAAACCCAAGAGAUAUACCAUCUGCAGUCAAUUAUAGACGAGUACCGAGAGGAGCGGAACACUCUCAGAAAGGAUCUGGCGGAGGCCUCAAAAAAAUUGAAAGAGCGGAAUGAGAGUAUUCAUAUGAUCGAAGACGAGGUCGCGAAGAUCCGGAAAGUUUUCAAAGCCAAAGAAGAGCGUUGGCUCCAGGAGAAAGAGGAGGCUUUGAAAUCUCAAGAGCUUGCAAACCUGGAACUCAAAAGCACAUACGAGAAUCAGACAGGAAGGCUCGCGUUUUUAGAACGGGAACGUGAUGUGAUGUUGCAAACAAUCAGAAAGCUACAAAAAGAAAUAGAAGAGGCUUCAAAUCAGAGAGACCAACAUGAGGCUGAGAUGCGCAUUGUGUUAACCGAAAUGGAUCGACAAAAGCAGAGGAUGAACGAGAAGAUGGAAAAACUCAAAGCCGCCUUUGCAGAAGCAUAAGUUGGUGCGACAGAGAGCGCUGGCGCUCCCAUAAUGCUCAAGCAUCAAAACAUCUUGUACAUAGUAUAUCUGUGUCGUCUCUAUAUAGAUGGCAAUGUACAGUAUUGUAUAUUUAUUAUAGAUAACGGAGUCGUCGCAUUAUUGGCUCAGCUCAAUGAAAACGUGCCGACAUAUUGAGGUUUGGUG